AUUUGCGCCAAACAACAGCCACAAUUUCCCCUUGGAGUAUAAUUAUAAUUCCACCACCACCGCCAAAAGCAAUAUUGGUUAUUCUCCAACCGUCCGAUCCUUUAACCCAACCGCCGGAAUCGAUCCUGUAUCGCCGUAGUUGCUACGUCGGCACCUUUUCCUUUACCUUGAGCAACAGAGCAAGGAUUGUCAUUUUGGGCUAUAUUCCAAUGAGAUGUAUUAUGAACUGCUACAGUUUUGUGCUAAAGUAACGUUUGUUGUGGUCCAUUGGUAACCAGUUACAAAGAUGAAAUCUAAGGAACUUUAGAGAUAUAGCUGUUCUUUUCACCGGGUGCAUGUAGGAAAAAUUUAAAUGCAUGAACAAUAUGGAGACUGUUGCAUGAGAAGAUUGUUCCAUGAUAGAUCUUUGACCAAAAACAUCAGUUUUAUAAUAUGGAACUAGAAAUAGAUCCUACAUGGUGGCAUUUCAGGAAGUAUUAUUUUUGCCAUCUGUUGUUUCAUUAGAGCUCAAUAAAGAGAUAAGAAUCAGUGAGCGACUGAGCGGCCAUUCUUUUGCUUGAUGGUUGACCCCACCAAUGAAUAACUAUGCUAUUCUCUCUCAUUGUAGCACAUUUAGCAUUCUUUCAGGGAACCCCUGAUUUUAACGAAUGCAUAGGGGAAAUGCGGUGAUAAAUUCCAGAAUUGCUUUGUCUUCCUGUUUAUUAUGGUAGUUGUGGAUGCCUAAGGGUUUGAGCAGGAAUGACUUUAUGAUAAGAUCCAACAAGACACAUCUCAAUCUUGUUGAUGCUUGAGCAUGAAAUGCCUUUUCUCAGUGUACUAUGUCAAAAUUAGUGUCCUAAGUUAUUCUUCUGCCUUUCAUGUAUGUCCUGGAUUGUAUAACUGAUGUACCCAAUGGUGGGAAAAGAAGUCUGGAUUUACUUAUACUCGGCAAUGCGAUUGACAUCAGAAAGUUGAUCAUCGUUUUUACACUCACUCAAUGAGUUGGACAUUUUGCAUGUUUAUGUUACCAUCAUGCCGUGGGACUGGGCUAAUUAAGACAUGGCGGAGAGAAUUUCAAGCUGGACCUAGAUUAAAAUUCUUCUUAAUAUAUUUGGGUCAUACUCGAGUUUGAUAUCAGAAGCAGCGUCAGUCUCCUCUCAUUGUAUAACAACUAUUCCUAAGGUCUUCAGGUUGCACCUGAAAUUGGCCCCCCAGGACUGUAGAUAAAAUGCUUAAUCACUUUAACCAUUGACUUUGUGGAAGAAUGACAAAGGAUUCCAGCAAGAUCUAGCUAAUUUCAAGAUUUUGCUCAGACUGUGAGCUAAUUAGAAAAUACCUGUUGGAGGCUCCCCUCCAAAAAAACUACUUCAAAAGCGGGUAACCUUUCUCUGCAGCUUCAGCCAAAUAAAAGUAGUUAGAUCAACAGUUGAUCAGGGGUAGGAGUACUGUGUCUUUUUCCAUAAAAGAAGUUCAGGUUCCUUUUGUGCUUUAGUGAUCUCCAGGGGAGCUUAAAGAAAAAGGGUACACGACGGUUUCUUUUCAAGACUCUAGCCCAUAUGUAUUUGGUUAUACAUUUGACUUUGGCCGGUUUCUGGUGUGGAGUGUAUUUCAAUUGCAAGGAAGUAAGGCAAUUUCAAGUGAGGCAAUGUUCGUUUACCUUUGGACAUGUUGUUAAUUGUCAUCUCCUUGGUUCUUUGAUUUGUAAGUGUUAGGAUUGUUAAGUGGUUUCUUAGACGAAGGAAUGGGGCAUAGACAAGUUUCAAAUUCAUUCAGUACAUUUGGAAAUGCCCAGAAUCAGCAUCAAAGUUAUAUUUCAGGGCAACCUUUCACUGCCACAGGAAGAUUUGCUGAUUCAGGUGGCUCUUUUGUCCCGUCUGGAGACGUCCAGCCUAUUUGUGCAGACCAACAGUUGAAUUCCAGAAGCAGAGGAAACCAUCAGUAUCAUUAUUCAAACUCUAGCGUGGGAGCAGCUCAGUUUCCCCCACCACAAAUUUCAGGCCCUCCUUAUGCGCCUUUUGCACAAUCAUCAACUGUUGGAACUGUACAUGGCCCGGGGAGUAAUGGAUAUCAUGGUGGUCUUGCUGAUCAUCUCCAAAGCAACCAAAGAGGGCUGUUUAAAAGAAAGAGAUCCAGCAUAUCUUAUGAUGUCGGAAGCUCUUCCGGAUCUCUUGGUGGGAUGUUGGGACCAAUUCCAGAGAAUGAAAAUAUCCCUUCACAUCUCUCAGGCUUUCCUCGUUGUAGAAGCAGUGGCAUCUCUAUUAAUGGUGAUGAGUCGUGGAGAGAUCUAAGAAGGCGAUAUACUUAUGACUCAAGACGUGCUCCUGAUAUAACUCAUCGUAUACCAAACUACACUUCAGUUGAACAUCAAUUUGCAACCCAUCCAUCAAAUUACUCGGGCAUCAGAAAUACUACUGGUUCAAGCUCAGGAAGGAACUUGCAUUCAGGACGUGCUGCCGAUUUAAGUGCCCCCCAUAAUCGUAGCUGCUUUUCAACUGGAAAUUUUAACUCAUCUUCACAUCGUGUUGGUGGGUUUGCUGUGGAUCCAAGGGAAAGCCGCACUAACUAUACUGGAAGAGUAUUACCCCCAAACAGUAAUGACAUGGGCCACAUGCAGCUAGGCUAUGCUGCAGCGACGUCCACUGAAAAUGGUGGGCACUCCUCCACUGAAACGUUUUCAUUCGGAAAUACGACGCCUAGUAGUGCUGAAGGAUGGCCAGGAUGGAGCAACCAUUCUCAGCAUGGAAAUUUUGGGGUUACUAAUGCACUUCCUAGUGCUCGUGAUUCUCGUGACAUAAUGAGAUCUGAGCCGCUCAGGUUUGAGCACCAAUCCUUUUCUGAUGGUUCCAGAAAUUUGCUUGAUGAAUACAUAGGCAUGAGACUAGAUGUCGAUAACAUGAGCUAUGAGGAACUGCUUGCUCUAGGAGAAAGAAUUGGCGAUGUCAAUACUGGUUUGUCCGAAGAUGUGGUCACCAAGUGCAUCACCGCAGAAGUCUUUGUUCCAUCUCAUGGCGAGGACAAAAGUUGUGCUAUUUGCCUCGAAGUUUACCAGGACAGGGAGGAAGUAGGGACGAUGAUGAAGUGUGGACAUGAUUACCAUGUGAGCUGCAUCAGCAAGUGGUUGUCAAUGAAAAAAGUCUGCCCGAUUUGUAAAUCUGCUGCUCUUAUGGAUGAAGUUUAGUGGUCAUUAGUUUCGUAUGAUCAAUCGUGUAAAUAGUGCAGUAAUAAUCAUGUAAAUGGAUAGUUAGAAACUGUAGUUGUGUGCUGAAAGGCAGCUGUGAUUGUUUUAUUAUCUGUUUGGUAAAACUGGAAUGUCGGUCAAGAUUGAAUAUGUUCAACACUGUUUGAUGCUAAUGGUACUUCGUAUUUGA